GGAUUUGGGGCAGUAGAGUGACAGCUGAAGGGGUCCGAAAGGUGCAGCAGUGCAGUCUGUAACGCCAACAGCGGUCACACACGCGUUUUAAAGAGAAGCACCGACUCAUAUCACCGUUUCGUCUUUUUGCACCGACCGGCGGACGUGUCCGAGUGUGUAAGCGGACGGCAGCCGUUAACCUUGCGGAUGUUUUUUGUUCUUUUUCCAUCCAGAGAGAAAAAGGUCCGUGUCCGGAUGUGCCAGCAGCAGUGUUGGGUUUUUCGCAUGGCGUAGGCACCUUUUCUGAAUCAGGAUAUUGUUGAUGUUUGAGGGUCAAAGGAGGCCCUCGGGUCGACAGCUUGCCCCUCUAAUCUUAAGUAUCUUUCCUAAAUCGGUGAACUGUGUGGGAGGGAAAUUAACGAAAUGAUUGUGCAAUAGAGAGGAAGAGGCAUUUUCAGACGUCUCGACUACCUCAGAGAGAGAGAGAGCGAGCAAGUCGCCGGGAAUAAAUUUUGUUUCCUGCUUUAAAAUCCGACAAGGACGCGUUUAUUGGAGCUUUUUUACAAGGACGAGAGAAAAAAAGAGGGGAUAUCGGCAUCUGUCCUGCGAGGGAGAGUUGUGUGUGUGUGUGUGCGCGUGUGUGUGUGUGCGCGCGCGCUUGGGUGUAUGUGCGUUUGAACACCUCCGAGUACCGGCAGAACCUUCACGAUGACGGGCAGCACCCCAGCGGACAUGAUAAACCUCCGGCUGAUUUUAGUCAGCGGAAAGACGAAAGAAUUCCUCUUCUCUCCCAACGACUCCGCAGCAGACAUCGCCAAACACGUUUAUGACAACUGGCCAAUGGACUGGGAGGAAGAGCAGGUCAGCAGUCCUAACAUCCUGAGGCUCAUCUACCAGGGACGCUUUCUACAUGGCAAUGUAACACUAGGAGCUCUCAAACUGCCCUUGGGGAAGACCACAGUGAUGCAUUUAGUUGCCAGAGAGACGUUGCCUGAGCCAAAUUCCCAAGGUCAGAGGAACAGAGAGAAGACCAGGGAGAGUAACUGCUGUGUCAUUCUGUAAAUACACACCUCCACCUCCACCCCUCCAUCCUUCGCAUCCGUUCUCACCCUCCAUGUCCUGGACCUAAUGAGCUUGUACCUUGUCCUGGAGCCUGUCUACAACGCAAAUACACAUAGACACACAAAAGAAACAAAACAAAAGAAACAAACACGCACUUUCUCUAUUUCCCCCUCACUCGCUCAUACACAUGCAUAGAAGGACAGCAGGCUCAGGCUGAUCCAG